CUGAACCGAUGGGCUUGGCCGUCUGGGUCCUGCUGACCCUGCUGGCACCUGGCCCGCUGCGGGGUUCCGCCCCGCGGCUGGAGGUGAGGGAGGCCGGGGGUCAGAUCCUGCUGCUCUGUGGGGCCCAGGGCCCCCGGCUGCGCUGGGUCUGGUCCCCCCGAUACCCCAAAUGCGCCAGCGACCCUGGAGACCAGCUCGAAAUCGCCCGGCUGCCCCCCGGGCCGGAGCCCCCCCUGGACCAGUUCAGGGGGCGCCUGGAUCCCCACCCCUCCAGCCUGGGGGCCCUGCUGCUCCGGGACCUGGUCAUGAGCGACUCGGGGACCUUCACGUGCCACGGGGAGUCUGGGGCCGAGCCCCCCAUCCAGCUGGAGGUGACAGGAGGCUGUCGGAACAACCUCACCGUCUCCUCCAACCAGACGUCCCCCUCAGCCCUGACCCUCCACUGCCAGCGCUGCCCCCUGCUGGCUGGCUCGGCCCAGUUCCGCUGGUUCCUCAACUCCCAGCCCCUGGGCAACCGGGGCUGGGCUACCAAGAGCCAACUGGGGGCUACCGUGAGGCUGGACCCGUCCCGGCGCGGGGCCUGGGGGCACUGGGAAUGUCACCUCCAUGGCACCUCCUCUCGGGGCUUUGAGUUCUGCCUGGAGCCCCCCCUCGGGGCAGGAGGCGCAGGCCCCAGCUCUGAGUGUUGGAUGUGGGUCACGGCACCAAUGGCGGUUCUGGGUCUGAUCGGCGCAGGGCUGGGCGCUUGGCAUCUGUGGAGGUGGAGACGGAUACGGGGCAGGUCCCAGGCAUCCUGCUUUAUGCUGAAGUCCAGCACCCACUGGUGGCUCGAGCCCCAGCCCCUCCCCCCACACGGCACCACGGUCUAUGACACUAUUGUCUGACCCCCACCCGCCCCGGCUCCACUUCCCCCUCCUGUCCACCCCCUUCAUGAGUUGCAUUCACACCCUGGCUCCCAUCCCAGGUGAUGGGAAAUUCAACUGGAAGAUGCAAGAAAUCUCUGUUAGAAUCUUGGGGUGGGGAAUUCUGCAGGUUAACGGAUUGUGGCAUUAAAAUCUGCCCUUGAAACCCU